AUGUUUAAGCCGACACAGGUCUGUGAGGGCACUCGCCGUCUCGCCAUGACCACCAAGCAGGGUCGCAACUACUACAAGGGAACCCGCACUGGUGCCAUGGGUAGACACACCAAGCACGGAAACUACAUCAUCGAAUACCGCAAGGUCCGCACUUAUGUUGUCCCUGCUGGCCUGGCCGACACCCGUUUGACUCCCUUUGUGGGAACCCACAUUCCUCCAAUCAAGUCGAGGUUUCAGGGAUACAAGGAUGGAUUCCGUGGUCAGUACUACUUGGACAGAUGGAAGGCCGAGAACGCCUUCGAGGAGUUUCCGGCUGCGGCGGCGAGUAAGGCUUAG